ACUAGUUGACGUGCUUGACUUUCGAAAAGUCUUCGAUAUUCUUUUGUGGUUGUGUUUCGUCUUGAAGUUGCAUUAUCAUCUCACAAGGCAAAUGCAUUUUUCAAUUUGUUCGUCUCUUUGUAUUUCUUUCCUGCAAAAUAUGAGAAGCAUGAGACUAUUUCUUUUAUUUGCUUUCAAUUAUCUCUUGUUACUUGAAGCAUAUAGGUUUACCGAAGAAACUGAUAAGCAAUCAUUGCUUGAGUUCAAGUCUAAAGUUUCUGAAGACAAAAAAGCCAUCUUGUCCUCAUGGAACAAUUCAUUCCCUCUCUGCAGUUGGAAUAGGGUUAAAUGUGGCAGCAGACACAAGAGAAUUAUUGGUUUAGACGUCAGAGGAUUGCAGUUGGGCGGGGUGAUAUCGCCAUUUAUUGGUAAUCUUUCGUUUCUCAAAGUACUUCUUCUUGAAAAUAACUCUUUUGGUGGUAGCAUCCCUCAAGAGUUGGGAAGCUUGUUUAGGCUUCACCACUUGCUUUUGGGCUAUAAUUUUUUUAGAGGAAGGAUUCCAUCCCGUCUGUUUAACUGCUCUAGAUUGACGACCCUUGAUUUAUCUUCUAAUCAUGUUGGAGAAAGUGUCCCUUCAGAACUCGGAUCAUUGACAAAGCUCAUUGUUUUAGAUCUUAGUGGAAACAACCUGAAAGGAAAGCUCCCUGCCUCUCUAGGAAAUUUGACAUCCCUCACAGUACUUAGCUUCAACGAAAACAAUUUAGAAGGAGAAAUUUCUGAUGUUGUAGCUAGAUUGACUCUAAUGGCGGCUCUUGAUAUAGGAUUGAACAGCUUCUCAGGAGCUUUUCCUCCCCCAAUCUACAAUAUGUCCUCACUUGAGCUUUUAAACAUUGCUUAUAAUGGUUUCUCGGGGAGCCUGAGGCCUGACUUUGGUGAUUUGCUACCAAACCUUGAAGAGUUAACUAUCGGAAGUAACUACUUCACAGGAGCCAUUCCAACAACACUUGCAAAUAUUUCGAAUCUUCAAAAGUUGGCAAUGGAGCUGAACGGUCUGACGGGAAGUAUACCUCCAAGCUUUGGAAAAUUAGGGAAUUUGCAAGUUCUAUCACUUGGUAGUAAUUCUUUGGGAAGUCGCUCUUUUGGAGAUCUUGAAUUUCUUGGGGCUUUAACUAACUGCACCCAACUGAAUGUCUUAACUGUGUCUCGCAAUAGACUUGGCGGUGACUUGCCUGCCUCCAUUUCCAAUUUUUCCAUGAACCUCACCAUAUUAGACCUUUAUAAGAAUUUCAUCUCUGGAAGCAUUCCACAUGACAUUGGGAAUCUGAUAGGCCUACAACAACUUUCGUUGGGAAACAAUCUAUUGACAGGAGCACUCCCAACCUCUCUGGGGAAGCUUUCAGGCUUAGUAGAAUUUAGUGUUUCUUCAAAUAAAAUGUCAGGUGAAAUACCCUUUUCUAUAGGUAACAUAACUCAGUUAGGAAAACUCUAUUUAUACAACAAUAGCUUUGAAGGAACCAUUCCUGCAAGUCUUGGUAACUGCAGCUAUUUGCUAGAGUUGAUUAUUGAGCAUAAUAAGUUGUAUGGGACUAUACCUCAGGAGAUUAUGCAAAUUUCACCUCUUCUUUUGCUAAGCAUGUCAAGUAAUUCAUUGACCGGGUCUCUACCAAAAGAUUUUGGAAGACUUGAACAUCUUGUCAACCUAUCUGUAGCGCAUAAUAAACUGUCAGGAAAACUUCCAGAGACUUUGGGAAAGUGUCUCUCGAUGGAAGGACUUUAUCUGCAAGGAAACUCUUUUGAUGGAUCCAUUCCAGACAUAAGUGGGUUGGUGGGUGUUAAAGAGGUUGAUUUCUCGUACAAUAAUCUCUCUGGAAGUAUACCUCGAUAUCUUGCAAACUUUAACUCUUUGGAGUAUGUCAAUCUAUCUUAUAACAAUUUCGAAGGAAAGGUGCCAACUGAAGGAAAGUUCAAGAAUGCUACUAUCGUUUCUGUAUUUGGAAACAGUAACCUAUGUGGAGGCGUCUUGGAAUUGAAACUGAAGCCUUGCUUUUCGCAAGAACCAGCGAAGGGGACAAAUCAUUCCUCUUCCAAAAAGAAAGUAGUGGUUGGAGUUUGCGUAGGCAUGUCUUUGCUUUUAUUGUUGUUCAUAGCUUCAGUUUCACUAUGUUGGUUCAAAAACAGAAAGAAGAACAAGACCAAUGAAGCAGCUCCUUCAGCUGUGGGGGCUUUCCAUGAAAUGAUAAGCUAUGGAGACCUUAGAAUUGCCACAGAUGGCUUCUCUUCGAAUAAUUUGAUUGGGUCAGGCAGCUUUGGGACCGUGUUUAAGGCAUUGCUUCCAGCAGAUAACAAAAUUGUUGCAGUGAAAGUUCUAAACAUGCAGAGACAUGGAGCAAUGAAGAGUUUUAUGGCAGAAUGUGAAGCCUUGAAAGACAUAAGGCAUCGGAAUCUUGUGAAGCUGUUGACGGCUUGUUCGAGUAUUGAUUUUCAAGGGAAUGAAUUCAGAGCUCUGAUCUAUGAGUUCAUGCCAAAUGGAAGCUUGGAUAUGUGGCUGCACCCUGAAGAAGUAGAAGAGGUUCGUACGCCCCCAAGAACCUUGACACUUUUUGAAAGGCUUAACAUAUCCAUAGACGUGGCUUCUGUUUUGGACUAUCUUCAUGUUCAUUGCCAUGAAGCUAUUGCUCAUUGCGAUCUCAAGCCAAGCAACGUCCUUCUAGACGAUGAUCUAACCGCUCAUGUUAGCGACUUUGGUCUGUCUCGGAUCCUCCUCAAAUUCGACCAGGAGUAUUUCCUCAAUCAACUUAGCUCAACUGGAGUCAGAGGAACCAUUGGCUAUGCCGCACCAGAAUAUGGAAUGGGAGGGCAGAUAUCAAUUCAUGGUGAUGUGUAUAGUUUUGGGAUUCUCCUUUUGGAAAUGUUCAGCGGUAAACGACCAACUAAUGAGUUGUUUGGAGGAAACUUUACCCUCCACAGCUACAUCAAAUCUGCCUUGCCAGAGCGAGUUUUGGAUGUCAUGGACGAGUUGAUUCUUCACAAUGGUCUCAGAAUCGGAUUUCCUGUUGCUGAGUGCUUGAAAAUGGUUUUGGAGGUGGGACUUAAAUGUUGCGUAGAAUCUCCUAUGAACCGUUUGGCAAUGAGUGAGGCUGUAAAAGAAUUAAUCUCAAUCAGAGAGAGGUUCUUCAAAUCCAGAAGAAGAGAUAGGCAUUGAAGUGUUUCUGCUUCCCUCUACAAACGUGAAGACUUGUUGGGAGAUAAAAGAUGAAUGUUGUGUUACUAUGUUAAAGCUCUAAACUUAUUUUAUUGAUGAGGCUGAUGUAGCCGAAUUAGUCAGUCCCAUGUAAUGAACGGUAAGUGCUUCCGUGACUUCGUUGAUCAGCUUAUGAGUCUGAUUCGAACAAAACUCAGAACAGAGUAUAUACAGGCAAAGGGAUGAAUGUUGUGUUCCCAGCUUUUAUUUGAAUUUUUUAGGCUUUCGUAAUGAAGUUGUUUGUGUGCUUUCGCCAAUGUCAUGUUGAUAAAGUAUUCUCCCGAUAAGUGAGUUAAGGUCGGAACAAAGGGUUGAAAUGUGUGUCUAUAUUAAAAAA